AUGGGGGAGGAGGAGGAUUUCUCCACAGCCCAGCUCCCCAUGUCUCUGGUGAAGUCCAUCGAAUUAGUGCUGCCCAUGCAUGCAGUCUACCUGGCUGGCUCCAGCAUAUACGGGGAUGUGGCUCUAACCCUCUACAGCACCCUAGUGGACCCCGUAGUGAAAGUAGAACUUGUAGGACGGGGUUACGUGGAGUGGAACGAAGAGACUGGGGAGACGUGGGAUUAUAGCAGAAAUGUUAUUUGUAACAACAAGGCAGACUACGUCCAUAAGACAAAGACAUUCCUGGUGGAGGACAAUUGGUUAGGCGCAGGUACCCACACCUUCGACUUCCGUUUCAACUUACCUCCCAGGCUACCGUCCACCUUUGCCAGCAAAACGGGCCACAUCUUCUACUUCAUCCAAGCCUCCUGCAUGGGCCGGGAGCACAUUCUUGCGAGGAAAAGGGUGUAUUUGUUGGUUCAAGGGACUUCAGUUUUCCACCAGGAAAAUGCACUGCAGAACCCCCUGCUGGUGCGGGUCGAGAAGAGGGUCUCCUACAACUGCUGCAGCCGGGGCACCGUGGACCUCCAGGUGCACAUGGACAAGAACACCUUCAUACCGGGGGAGAAGGUUGUGUUCACCACGGAGAUCCACAACCAGACCCGCAAGCGCAUCCAGUCGGUGAGCUCAGCGCUCCUCGCGCAUGUGCAGUACGAGGCCUUCACGCCCAGCGCGGAGCGCCGCUGCCGCACUGACAGCAGCCAGCUGCUGCGACAGGAGGCCAGCGCGCACAUUGCCGCUUUUACCACCGCCAACAUCGUCAGCGCCUUCAGACUCCCACUGCUGCUGGCCGUGAGCGACAGCGCCCAGCAGCAGGAGCUCAUGCGCACGCACUACGAGCUGGUGGUCACCGUGCCGCUGCCCUGGUCGAUGACCAGCAUCGAGGCCAGGGUGCCCAUCGUCAUCACCUGCAGCCCCGCGGACUCGGCCAACAGCCAGCCCCUGGCAGCUGGGGGUGUGAGCCCCGAGCCUGGCCCACCUGGAACAAGUGUACAAACUCCUGGAUAGUAAAAGGUAUCUCACUCGGUGGGAAGUCUGAAGUCUGUG